UACGUGGUGACUUUACCGAAAGAACCAAGAAUAUGAAUCCCUGCAGUCACGAAAGCUUUAAAUAACAAAAUUGAAUAAAGUCGUCAAUUUUUGUGGGAGGGAAAAUACAACAUUUUGGAGUAAUUGUUCGCGUCUGAUCGUAGAUACAAAUUGUCAAAAAAAAUCAUAUCAUUUGGGGUGGGCUUUGUGAACCAAUUUAUUUUAAAAUUAAAUCUUUAAACUUGUUGCAGGCCCAGUUGCUACGCAACCUGCAGAAACUUCCCCCAGGUAAGAUGGCCGCUCGCAUUGCACACUGGGCGCGUCACGAGCACUUCCGGUCUAAAGCCCCGCCCACCGCAGGUCCUGUGCUCUCUUCUAAUUGCUGACAACAACAACAAAAACUCGACACGUUCCGCGUCAGUAACGCUGUGGCUUUAAAAAAAACUAUAUCAUAGGCGACGUUUCUUAACAAUCGCCCAUUCACAACACACGUUGCGUAGCCCGCCACGAGCGAGUCCAUUCUGCUUAGAGUCGCGGGGGUGUUUUGCGGUUGUUUUUUUUCCCUGCGUGGUUCACUCUUCGGCAACCAACCAAUACGUGCCGGGCGAGUCCACUCCGGUUACAAUCGUAGGGGGGUUUUCAUAGCAGAUAUUACGUAAGGGACGGGGGCGAUUUCGUUCCAGCAAACAUCGCGGCGGGUAAGUUGGGACGCGUCAGUGGUUGUUUACUCAGUAACAUGCAUAAUCGCGGACGAGUCCAUUGCGGUGAGUAAGUUGUACAUUAACAUACAUUAUAGCGGACGAGUCCAUUCCAAAAUAGCGGUAGGUAAGUUGGGACAUGAGUGGGUGGUUACUCAUUCACAUUAACACACAUUAUGGAGGACGAUUCCAUUCCAAAAUAGGGGUGAGUUAGUUGGGACACGUUAGUGGGUGCUUUACUCAUUAACAUACAUCAUCGCGGGCGAGUCCAUUACAAAAUAUCGGUGGGUAAGUUUGGACACGUGCGUGGCAGUUUACUCAUUAGCACACAUUAUGACGUAAGGGGGUGGGUGUGGCUCUUCCUGUGAGUAGCGUCAACCCCUACCCCCCCACCACCAUCACCGUGCGUCAACACACAGCGAGAAACGCAACAGGCGCUUGGUGGGGGGGCAGCAGUGAGUUGGCGCUGAAGAGAUCUUUCCUUCGGAAAAAAAGAGACUUCUGAGCACAACGCCACUCUCGUCCGGUCUCAAGACUUAACCACCGCUUAACUACCACCCACCUCUCCUGGCCAGCCAUACACCUGAACGUGCCCCCCAUCACGCGCAGACGCAGCACAGGCUCCCUGGCUCCUCGCCCACUCCAGUCAUGCCCACCCCUUGUCGGCGCCCGUGACCUGCCCCUCGCUGCCCAAUCCCCGUCGCCUCCACACGCACGGCGCUAGCCUGGCACCACGAUCUGACAAUCCAGCAGCUGAAGCCAUGUCCCAGGGCGGCGGCGGCGGCGGCGGCGGCGGCGGCAGCGCCGCCUUGAGCUCCGGCGGAGCAAUGUAUCACGUUGUUCCCGGCGGCGCCGGGCCACCAACGGUUUCCGGCCUCUGCCGGCGACGCCCGCCGUCCCGGCAGCCUCGCGUGCGCGUGGCGCUAGCGCUGGGGGCGGUGGCGCUGGUGGCGGCGGCGGUGGCGACGUGGGCGACGUACGCGGCGUCGGUGCGUGCCGCCGGGGAGCGCGCCGUGGGGCGGCUCGUGCUGUCCACGGGGGGCCUGACGUUGCGCGGCGCCGGCGCCGGCGACUCGAAACCGGCGUUGAGAGUCGCCUUUGGGAAGCAGCAGGCGCGGGUGACUCUGGGCACGCUGGGUUCGGGGUGCGUGCGCGGCAGCAAUCGCCGCACCCCCGCCGACGACGCCGACGACGACGGCGGGGACAAAGGCGACGACGGCAGUUACAGCUACGACAACAGCUGGCCGGUGGACGACGGCGAGUGCGUUCACGGCGAGAGCGCCGACGCAAAGGUCUCGGUCAAGAAGAUCGACAUCGGUGCCGCCGCCGCCGCCGCUUCGGCCGCCGCCGCCGCCCCCGGCAACGCCGGCGACGCCUCGAGGCCGCCGGCGGAGUGCUACGGCGUAACGUGGACGGCCUCGCGGCCCGGCGUAGCUCUGGAGGACUGCGUGGUGUUGGGCGACGCGCUCUGGUACGGCGGCGCCCAGAUGAGGGUGCAGCGCUGGCCGCUGGAGUUCGGCAGCACCGGGCGCGAGCCGGUGGCCUACGUCCCCGAGGACAUCUACUCCUUCCGCGACCGCUUCGGGGCGGUCAUGGAGCGCUACUGGCUCUCGUCUCGCGGCGCCUACAUCUUCGUGGCGGACGACGUCCCCCUCUACGUGAGCUGGUCCACGGUUGGCGCCGGCGCCGGCGAAGAGAAGGUGCUGUGCCUGCGGGCGCAGUACGGCCCCGACGGGCCGUACUGCGCCCCGAGCAACGCCUCGCGCGCUUUCCUUUCCUACGAGCUGUGCGUUGCCGGCGACGCGCGGGCGGCCCACGCCCUGGCGUCGUCGCGCCACCUGGGGGCGCCGUCGGCGCCGCCGGACGAGCGGAUGGUGCGCUGCCCCGUGUGGUCCACGUGGGCGCUGCACAAGCGGCGGCUCAGCCAGGCCAAGGUGGUGGCGCUCGCCGAGGCGGUGGUCCAACACGGAUUCAACCACAGCCACCUGCAGGUGGACGACGGCUACGAGGCGGCGGGGCGGUACGGCGACUACGCCUUCGACGGCCGCAAGUUCCCGGACCCCGCGGCGAUGGUGCGGGACCUGCGCUCGCGCCUCGGCUUCCGCCUCGUGCUCUGGGUGCACCCGUUCGUCAACUACGACGCCGAAGCCUUCCGCGCCGGCGUUGCGAAGGGGCUGUUCGUUCGGACGGCGGCGUCCAACGCCGGCGGCGGCGCCGGCGGCGGCUCGACGCCGGCGCUGGUGCGGUGGUGGCGGGGCGUCGCGACGGUCCUCGACGUCACCAACCCGGCGGCGGUCGACGCGUUCGUGAACCGCACGCUGCGCGGGCGCCUGGCCGUCGCCCUGGGCUUCGACUCGUUCAAGUUCGACGGCGGCGAGGUGAGUUACCUCCCGCGCGACUGCGCCCGCACGCACGCCGGGCUCGCCAACCCGGCGUGGUUCUCGGCACGCUACGCCACGCUGGCGCGCCACUUCGGCCCGCUGGCCGAGGUGCGGGUGGCGUUCCGCACGCACGGCCUCGCCGCGUUCGUGCGUAUGGCCGACCGGGCCUCGGUGUGGGGUCACGAGCUGGGGCUCCGCUCGCUCAUCCCGACGGCGCUCGCUUUCGGGCUGCUGGGCUAUCCGUACGUGCUGCCGGACACGAUCGGCGGGAACGCCUACGGGGCCGCCGGCGCGGCUCCCGCUUCCCGCGCCGGCGUGCGAGCGGCGGAGCCAGGGGGGGAGGCGGACGGAGAUUCUGACGGCGUCGCGAUACCGGAACGGGAGCUGUACAUCCGCUGGUUGGAGCUCAGUGCCUUCAUGCCGGCCAUGCAGUUCUCGGUGCCUCCGUGGCUCUACGACGAGGAGGUGGUCGCAAUCGCGCGCAAGUUCACGGCGCUGCGUGAGGAGGUGGUGGCGCCCAUCGUGAUGGCCGUGGCACGGGCGGCCGCGCAAGCCGGGGGCGCCGCCACCUCUUCCUCCAACAACAGCAACGACAUCGGCGGCAGAGGCACCACCUCGUCGUCCAAAUCGUCGCCGACGUCGUUCUCUCCGCCGACGCCGAUGAUAGCGCGCCCCGUGUGGUGGGCGGCUCCGCGCGACCGCACGGCUCUCCGUCUCGACUCCGAGUUCCUGCUGGGCGACGCGAUGCUGGUGGCGCCCGUGCUGGAGGCCGGCGCCCGGGCCAGGGACGUCUAUCUCCCCGCCGGGACCUGGUGUGCCCGCAUGGGCGGGGGCGGCGGCGCGGGCGGCGUCGCGAGCGGCGGUGGGAGGUGCCAUCCCGGACAAAAGUGGCUCCGGAAUUUCGAGGUGGCGCUGGACGAGGUGGCGUACUUCGUCAGGAAGUCGUAGAGCUUACGGAAGCUUUUUGCCGGAUUUCUGUUGAGAAAUGAAGAGAACUCGAGUUGCGGUUAGCGUGGUCACCGCACUGCACUAUGAAUUUGGCGACCUGCAAUCUGGGCACAUGACGGACUAAUGCAAUUUUACAAGUUGCGUGACAAACAGGGCUGUCCCACCUCCUCACCCGCGCAAAGCUUCGCUCUCUCUUCCUUGGAACCGCGGGCGCCAACACGGCAAGCUGCAGUCACGCUCGCAGCCGGUUGGCUGAUGCUGUUGGGAUGACGAAAUCGCUCUCAACCACUGCCGUACGUGCAGUGGUGCGAUCCCGCCGGGAUGUGCAGAGAACACUUGACGUUUUGACAUACGCCGUUUGGGACGCUACGACAAUUGAAUCAUUUGGCGGGACCCCGGGGUCCCGCAGCAAUCGGGUCAAUAAUUAUUAUUUUUCUUCAGUCCGCCCCGCUCGUGACCCCGACAGCAACGCGCCGCCCGCCCAG